AUGUCCACCUUCGGGACCCUCCUGAGAGUGUCCACCUUCGGGGAGUCCCACGGCGCUGCAGUUGGCUGCAGCAUCGAAGGCCUCCCCGCGGGGCUGCCGCUGUGUCUUUGCUGCGUGCAGCAGCAGCUGCAGCGGCGGCGGCCGGGAGCAGCAGCAGCAGGCUGCUGCAGCAGCAGCAGGAGCGAGCCGGACGCAGCAGAAGUGCUCAGCGGGGUGCAGCACGGGCUCACUCUGGGGUCUCCUGUGGCUCUUCUGAUUCGCAACAAAGACAUUCGCCCCCAAGACUACGACAGCCUCGGCUUUGCUGCUGCUGCUGCUGCUGCUGCACCUGCUGCUGCUGCUGCUGCUGCUGCUGCUGCAGCGGGAGAGCCGGGCGCCGCCGCCGCUGCUGCUGCGGAAGCAGCAGCACAGCCAGCUGCUGCUGCGGACGCAGAGGACAACGCUGCAGCAGGCCCUGCUGCUGCGGAGCCCCCUGCUGCAGCAGCAGCAGCAGCAGCAGCAGCAGCAGCAGCAGCAGCAGCAGGGAUCCCGCGGCCGGGGCAUGCGGACUGGACUUACUUGCUGAAGUACGGAGUCAGCAGCAGCAGCGGGGGGGGCCGCAGCAGCGCGAGAGAAACAGCAGCAAGAGUAGCAGCAGCAGCAGUUGUGGAGUCUUCUUUGUUGCGGAGAGUUUGUGGGGUUUCUGUUGCUGCUUUCGUGAGUUCUUUGGGCCCCGUUGCUGUUCCUGCUGCUGCGCUGCAGCAGCUGCUGCUGCAGCCUCCUGCUGCUGCUGCUGUCGAAGCAGCAGGAAGGGUUUUGUUCGACUUGCAAAAAAACCUCCUUUGCUGCAGCAGCGGCUGCUGCUUCCCCGGUGUACGUACACCUGCGCUGCUGCGCCUCCGCCAGCUGCUGCAGCAGCCCCAGCAGCAGCAGCAGCAGCAGCAGCAGCAGCAGCAGCAGCAGCAGCAGCAGCAGCAAGGGGAAGUGAAGGAAAAUGAAGUUAAAAAUGAAAAAACAGAAAAUCCCAAUUCGGAGAAUCAGCUGUACGUACACACCAGAUGCCCACACGUCCCCACUGCAGUCCAAAUGGCCCGACUCCUCCUCGAGGUCAAAGCAGCAGGAGAUUCUGUGGGAGGCGCCGUUUCCUGCGUCAUUCAAAACCCUCCCCAAGGCCUUGAUGGGCGAGGGAUUUGCAGCAACAGAAGCCACAGGGCUGCAGCACAACGACUGCUUCGAGAGCUGCAGCAGCAGCAGCUGCAGCAGCAGCAGCAGCAGCAGCGACAGCAGCAGCAGCAGCAGCAGCAACGACAGCAGCAUAAACAGCAACGACAGCAACAACAACAGCAGCCACAACAGCAGCAACAGCAGCAACCACAACAGCAGCAACUGCAGCAACCACAACAGCAGCAACAGCAGCAGCAGCCACAGCAACAGCAGCAGCAGCAACAGCAGCAGCAGCAACAGCAGCAGCAGCAGCAGCAGCAGCAGCGUUUCGUUUUUGCUGCCUCGGGGCUGCUUCGAGCCUCGCUGCGAACUCCACGAAGUGGAAAAUGA